UUUCUAUUCUAUAUGACCCGUCUUCACGUCUUCUGCGCGGAUCCCAGCACUUCCCACGUUCGAUUCAUUUCCUCGCAUCCAUUGUCCACUAAGAUCUUUCUUGCAGCUUUACGUGUUGCUUCGCCACCUCAUUUCAGGACUCAACGAUGCAUUACGAUGCCUUCACUGCAACGGAUGGAAUGGUGCAUAUCCCCUUCGGAAUGUUAUAUUUCCGAACUGCGAUAAUGAAAAUAAUCAGUGUCAGACGAAUUACUUCUGCGUAAAAAUCGUCGACCCGUUAAUUCCAGGCGCUGGGUAUUCGACACACAAAGGAGAUUGCUGGAUGUCGGAUCGAAUUCAAGUUCCAUCAAUUAAUAAAACCAUUAUCCAGAAUAAACAUUGCUAUAAGUAUGAAGACGAUGCGAUACCAACAAAUCGGUAUGUUUGCUUAUCGACAGUUUUGAGUAUUCUCAGCAGUGGGUAA